AAGAUCGUCUUCAUUCAGUCAGCUGGACUGCUGCCUAGAACAUCACCUCUUUUUAGGUAGCCCACGAAAUGAUUAAUAUUAACCUGUCAAGCUUUUUGUUAGUCAUUUUACUUGUCCAAUCGAGUUGCGCUAACGAAGACGAUGCCGAAGAUUCACUGGAAUCCGAAUCUCAAGAAUCGUUGAUCGUUGAAAGUUCACCUCGAUUACCUGUAACUCCGUCGAAACCUUAUUACUUUUCUGGGCCAAUGUUGCCCCAACAUUCACCAGCUGUAAUUGCCAGGACUUUUCCUGCAUUUGUGCCUUUCACGAGCUGCACGUCUCCCAAUAAAGAAACAGGUAUUUGUGCAGAGAGUGGGGCUUGCACCCAACUCGGCGGCCGGGCAAGCGGAGCGUGUCCUUCGUAUGGCCGCGUUUGUUGCAUCAACGUCAUCACCAACACAUGUGAUGAUGCGGAUCGUAAGGUCGUCACGCUGGACAACACUUAUUGGCUGUCACCAACAAUGGGAAUUGGUUCUUCGACCGGCUGUGCUUUGACAGUCAAGCUGGACGCUAAAUUACCGGAACAAGGAAAAGCUGUCUGUCAAGUUCGCUUGAACUUUGUGCUGUUUACGAUCGCUCAACCGGAUACGGAAUCCGUUUGUAAUACCGACGCUUUUGACGUAGCAGGAGCGUCUAACAAGAUACCCACCAUUUGCGGGGAUAACGGAGGACAGCACAUGUAUCUCAAUGUUCCAUCAUCUUCCACCUCUCCUACUGACCUGCAGUUAUCGUUCAACUUCGGGACGGAUUCGAAUCCUGUACGUGCCUGGAACAUCUUGAUUUCCAUGAUUCCAUGCGACUCUCCUAACCUCGCGCCACUGGAUUGUCUGCAAUAUUUCAGCGGACGUUCGGGAACUGUCAGUUCGUUCAACUGGAGAGAUGUGGCUGGAACAGAAACUCGUCAAUUAGCCAGUCAAGAUUACAGCAUCUGUUUCAAAACUCUACCAGGUUCUAGGAGAACUUUGUGUUUAGCACCGUGUACGGUAACGUCCGCUCUUUUGGCGUUCAGCGUCAGUGUGCCAAGAGCUGCGGAUGGUACGGCCGCUCCUGCUGGUAGCAGCCAAAGCCGGCCAAACAAUUGCGAAAAAGAUUAUCUGGUUAUUCCUGGAGGGUUUAAUGUUGGCAAUCCGGCAACUGUGAACAACAUGGCAUUCGAUCGCUUCUGUGGAGAGAAUCUCAACGCCCUUGCACAAAUAACUGCGCCAACUUCAGUUUGCACCACUGCUACGCCAUUUAGAUUGCUGUACCGCACAAGUGAUGACGAAAUGGAUGACAAGACUGCCGGCGUAGUUGACCGAGGAAACCUUGGAUUCUGUUUCACUUUCCGCAAUCAAUAAUUCCCAUCGAAAUUCAUGAUUUGAACAUCAAUUCGGUUUCAGGUGGUAGUGGUUCGCUAUUUAAAAUUUAGAGCGUGGUGUGAUAAUAAACAAGUUCAUGAUAAAACAA